UCUAUUAAACCUUUCGGUCGUUCCGAAGAGGAUAUAUCAGACUCUAGUAUCUCUGAAUUCAAGUGGUCAAGUGAGUGGUCAGAUUUUGAUUCAGGAGAACCGAGUAGUCUUGAAGAUGAUGGCAGUUUAUUCGAAAACAACGAAGAUGGGUCAACAGGUUUAACUGUGAGUGCUAACAGCUUAUAUCAAUUUAAACAGACAGAAAUGUCUAAAGCAAAGACAUUGUCUGAGGAAGAGAUAAAUGAAGUAACCGAUGACUCAAUACUAAGCAGUCAGCAACAAAUAAACAUUUUUGAAAGUUCCGAUAGCUGGCUUUCUGGUGAGAAUCUAUCACCUCGGGAUACAAAAAAGAAAUCAGAUGUCGAUAAAAAAGAUGGUUUACACAAGGAAGUCAGCCUAUCAGAAAGUCAGACACGAAGAGUUGUGAACAAGCAAUCACAGUCUAAUAGUAACACAUUUGAGGAAAUACAGAUAGACACUCUGAACCAAGAACAAAAACCUAACGCUUUUGUUUUGAAUAAAGCCCUUGACCGGACAAUAAUUGGUAAAGAAAAGAUAAAUAGCGAUGCCAAGUUAACAAUUAACAGAAACAUAGGUAAUGCCAAUGACUGGAAGCUAAAAUGGACCUCUGGUAUCAAACAUCAAGCCUGGGUACCAAGUGGACUGUUAGAUAAGCCCACUGCAGGUUACAAAGUUAAUGAUAUUCAAAAGAAUCUACAAACUGCAUCUAGGUCAAAUAAAUUGUCAUUUGAUAACGGUGCGCAAGGCAGUGGAGGAAGUAGACAAACUGUAGACAAAGAUAGUCAGAAACAGACAGUAAGUACAACAUUCAAACGCAUCGAAAAUAAAACCACCAGUAGAAAGAAAAAUCUAGUUGCUGAAAGAAAUAGUAUAUCUUCAGCUUCAGCAAACAUUGGUCAGGGAGGAAAUAGACAAGGUCGCACAUUUGAAAGAAGGAACACCGGUAGUAUACAAAGGGUGUCUAAUUUAGGAACCAGACUACAAGGGUCAACGAAUAGUAGUAAUAGGACAAGCUUUUCUCCAAAGCACUCUAGUUUCACUAGUAGAAAUACUCAUCAUAGACUACCGCAAACGAGUAUGAGAAGCAGAAAUGCAGUCAAAUUCCCUGGUCAGUUUAUAAACGCAAACAAAGUACGAAAUGGAGCAAAUAUUGGCCGCCAACAACGUCGUAGAAAUAAUGUACGUGUACAUUUAUUGUCGUCAUGGAACUUACAGGAGCUGCUUGAUUUCAUACGAAGAUUUGCUUCUAAAAACACAACGAACAACCUUUCGAAUCAAAUACGUUCGGUGGUUUCAGAAUUAAACCGUCGCUCAAGCAAUAAUCGACGAAAUAAUUGGAUGAAAAGAUCAAAUUUGAGAUCUUUAUCCUCUAGAAAUUAUAGACAACAAUCUAUGGGUUUAAAACGAUUAACACCAGGUACUGUGUUUACAGGUGGUCCGUUAUAUCAUAAAAUAAUAUUACGACAACGCACACCACCAUAUCUUUUAAAAGAAAGAUAUGUACCUGUACCAAGGACAUGAAAAAGCGGAAAUCAUCAAGACAACUGAAGUUUCUUCCAUCUU